GGGUCCAGCUAACUUACCAUACAAUUGAUCAAUCCCCCUUCGAAAGGGCAUCCUCCUCCAACCAGAACGACUUCAGAGCAGCAGGAACAGGGGGAAGGGUGCGUCGAGGGAAAAAGAAACACUCUGCCAGACGGAAAAAACACCUCAAAUUAAGGAUUGAAAUCUCCGAUCGGGAUAUCAGAGACAUUGGGAUGGUCAGUUACUGGACCAGCUCAUCCACUCUACACGUAGCAGCCUCCCAGCCUAUCACGCUAUUCCCCUCCUAUAACAAUCAAUAACCCCUUCCCGUCUUUCUCUCGCCGAUGGCCAGUCUCUCCAAACUACAUCCAUCCCUCACCAUGUACGGCGACUUCAUCGCAAAGAACGCUGGCGCCGUCUCCCAGAUCGAAUCGGCACUACGGUCGCUGACCUAUAUCAUACCAGGUAAAUAAAAACGCCAUCUCCCCCACAGUCCAACGCGGGCUGUCCGCUGACUGGAGAAACAGCCAGGUUUAAAGAUGUGGAGUUAGCAUCCGAAUCGCUUCAUAGCGGCAUUCAGAUACUUUCGCUUUACCAUGACUCGCUUCUGGCUCGCGCCGUCACGAAGAUGCCCCUUGGCGUGCAGAAGCCGUCGCCACAUAAUCGGUAUACCAAGUUUUGGACACAAAAGAGCCCCGGUUACAAGAAACUCGCGUUGAUUGUCACCAUGAUACAGUAUACCGAGCUACUGUGGGAGAUGUCGGCUAAGAGAAGAGGACAGAAGAUGCGUUGGAGAACUGUCAUUAUUCUGGAGGCGAUUAAGUAGUCCUCCCAACAGUCUUCUUCCAACAGUACCAAAUAGUAACAUGAAAACAGAGCGAUCUGUCGACUACUACUCCUGCGUCUAACAAACUCACGUCCACUGCUCACGCCUCCUCUUCCCGAACGGGAAAUCGAUCCCCAAGCACUUGAGGAAACCGUGGGUCCAGAGUCCUCUCCUCCCGAGGAGACAUGGAAAAUGCCACGCACCGGCCUUUGCCUCCCCUCCCUCCCCGCAACAAACCAAAUCUCGCAAUAUCUCCUCACUAAGGUCCUCACAGCGGAGGAUAUCAAACCGCCAUCACAGCUUCUUCACCGGAUCCGCGGCACAGGCUACUACGCUGAGGUGCUCUACAUAAUCAGGCCCGUCAUAUAUGCCCUUGCCAUGAAGAAGUGGGCUCGGGACAAAAAAUCGUGGAGGCCCUGGCUCAUCGGUUUCAGUUUGGAGUAUGCUGCCAGACAACUGUCGAAGAGAGACUUUGAGAUGAAUGUUCCCGGUGGAAUGAAGGGGUUGACAGCAUUGGAGAGAGAGGAGAUGACUAGGAGAGCAUGGGGGAUGGGUUGGUGGGGUGUCAGAGGCGCAUUCUAUGAGAAUGUUACUGGGUAAGUUUCCUUUCGCAAUCCCUGCUGCAGUUAUUGGAAAAUUGACAUGAUAUAUAGACCCUGGUUGAAAGCAAUCUCCACUAAACUAGCCGACAAGCCCGCUCUGAACCUUGUAGCGGGUCUCCUCGACGACUAUCAAUAUCUCUGGGACAAUUACUACUUCUCUACCGCAACACUAUAAAUUCAGCCACCAACCAGACAUCUCCUAUCACCCUUUAAUGGCCACACAACCCACAUGACUAUAUUUCUUUCUUAUGUCCAUUUGAAGAUGAAAAGAGAAAUCUUGAAAAGCGUAUUUUGUUCCCUUCUUUUUCCCCCAUGUAUUUUCUAUCUGUACGAGUACUUGACUAGGGCUUUUCUUUUGUUUCUGUUUUCGUUGUCACUUCUAUUGCCGUUAUCAAUCCUUUCUUCCUUCCCCUCUCUUGUCGAUCCCAUGCACCCACCGCGACGGGCGACGGCUGGAAAAAGGAGGGCAGGCCUUCUUUGUUCUUUUUGCUUCGUUUCCCUCCCUUGAAUUUUGGGAUUAUAUCCAUUUUGUAAUUCUUUCGUGUAGCCAGAAGAUGUCCCGUCUGUUAUGAUAAACCUCAACAAUUAAGGUAAUAACAAGAUACCCCAAAUAAAAAAAAUACAAACAAGCGAGUAAAGCCUUGCGCAUCCUCUUUCC